AUCAUAGUUCCAAACUAACAACUUCACCAUUAACUCAUUGACUUUCUCUCUCUCUCUCUCUCUCUAAAUAAUACAAAUUUCUCCAUCACCACCACCCUCCAAUCAUGCAGGUAGCAGCAACACUUCCGGCGACCGGUGUCCAUUUUUUUCAGACACGUCGAGCAAGUUUCAAAUGCAAUGGUUAUUCAUCACCAUUGAAUCCAAUAACUAGAACUACUUCUACUGUAAACGCUCAAAGCUUAAAGACAAUAUCACCACCACCAGUAGCACCAACACCAACAGAGAUAACAAAGAAGCAUCUUGCAAAUCUUGAAAAGCUUUUGCAAAAGGAAUCAAAGCCAGAGCCAGUAAAAACAGAGGAAAACAGGGGAAGACAUAGGAAAACAGAGGAGAACAGGGGAAGGAACUUGCUUGAAGGGCUAAAUUUGUCUAGAAUUUGGCCUGAAAUGAAAGCAGCUGAAGAAAUGUCACCUAGACAUUUGAUAAGGCUACAUAGGAUGUUGUCAUCAAAGUCCAUGGAAUAUUCACCUAGGAACAACCUUGGUACUAGGUGGAAAGAGUACCAUGGUUGUAAAGACUGGCUGGGACUACUUGAUCCAUUGGAUGAGAAUCUCCGGCGAGAGUUAGUCCGGUACGGGGAGUUUAUUCAGGCGGCUUACCAUUGUUUCCACUCCGACCCCGCCACGUCAGCAGACGAGAACCCUGGCGUGGCGAGGAACGUGUCGUUGCCUGACAGGUCAUACAAGGUGACCAAGAGCCUUUACGCCACGUCAUCCAUUGGUCUGCCGAAGUGGGUGGAUGACGUGGCGCCCGACCUCGGGUGGAUGACCCAGAGGUCUAGUUGGAUCGGGUACGUCGCGGUGUGCGACGAUAAAGCCGAGAUCCAACGUAUGGGGAGGAGGGAUAUUGUCAUCGCGUUGCGUGGGACCGCCACGUGUCUAGAGUGGGGGGAAAAUCUACGUGACCUGCUUGUUCAAAUGCCAGGGGAAAAUGAGUCUACUGAAGGACAACCAAAAGUAGAAUGUGGAUUUUUAAGCUUGUACAAAACAGGUGGUGCUAAAAUCCCAAGCCUAGCUGAAUCUGUUGUGAAUGAAGUGAGGAGACUUACUGAAACGUACAAAGGGGAGUCACUAAGUAUCACAGUAACAGGACAUAGUCUUGGUGCUGCAUUAGCCUUAUUAGUAGCAGAUGACAUAAGUACAUGCACACAAGAUGCUCCACCAGUCGCAGUUUUUUCCUUUGGUGGUCCUCGAGUAGGCAACAAAGGUUUCGCGAAUCGCAUAGAAUCCAAGAACGUUAAGGUCCUUCGUAUAGUGAACAAGCAAGACGUGAUCACUAAAGUUCCAGGCAUGUUUGUAAGCGAAGCAAUCGACAAAAAAUUAAGGGAAACCGGAGCAUCGGGGGUGUUGAACUUGCUCGACAACAGCAUGCCGUGGGCUUAUUCACAUGUUGGCACAGAAUUGAGAGUUGACACAACAAAGUCUCCAUUUUUGAAGCCUGAUGCAGAUGUUGCAUGUUGUCAUGAUUUGGAAGCAUAUUUGCAUUUGGUGGAUGGAUAUUUGGGAUCAAAUGAAUCAUUUAGACCAAAUGCCAAGAGGAGCCUUGCUAAGUUGUUAAAUGAACAAAGUGCUAAUAUCAAGAAAUUAUACACUAGUAAGGGUAAAGAUUUGAGUAGUCUCAAUCUUAAUAGAGAAUUUAGUUUUCCUAGGCCUAGUUGUUUGCCUAGUCCUAGUGUAUUGCCUAGUCCUUCAUCUUGAGUUUAAUAGGAUAAGGAUAUGUAUGCUUCUUGUACAAAUUUAAGAAGUUAUGAGAAGUAUAUGUUUUCUGUUUGUAA